AUGCCACCCAUUCGACCAACUCACUCAGACACAGAGGAUGAUAAUGAUUCAGUAGAAUAUGAAUUUGAUCAAUCUGACUUUGAAGAUGACGAUGAUGACUAUCAACUCGAUAUCACUGAAUCUCUAGCCAAUCCAAGUUCAUCGACAAACAAACCAACAAAAGCUCAAAAAACAGACCCCAAACGAAGACAUAAACAACAAGAUGAAGAAGAAGACGAAGAAGAUGAUGAUGACGAAGCUUUCAUUCGUGCAUCAGCUCAAAAAGCUAAUUUCAAAGCUGGUGCAAUCGCUCUAAAAUCACGUCAUCAAAAAAAUCAAAAAUCCAAUACUUUAACUGGAGGUGGUUCAUUUCAAUCUUUAGGACUUCAUCCUGCUUUACUUCGAGCGAUCUUGCUUCGUGGAUUCACCACUCCAACUCCAAUUCAACGAGCAGUCUUACCUCAUAUCUUAGCUUCACCUGCUCGUGAUGUAGUAGGAAUGGCUCGGACUGGUAGUGGAAAGACUUUGGCUUAUUUGAUCCCUCUGAUUCAUAAAUUAGGUGGUAGACAUAAUGUUUUGUUUGGUGUGAGAGCUUUGGUGAUGGUGCCGACUAGAGAAUUAGCAGUACAAGUUUUAAAAGUAGGUAAAGAUCUGGCCAAGGGAUUCGUUCAAGGUGGUGGAACUCAAACUGGUAAUGAAGAAGAAGGUGGUGGUAAAGGUGAAGGUUUGAGAUGGGGAUUGAUUGUAGGAGGUGAUUCUUUGGAAGAACAGUUUGCUAUGUUUGCCAGUAAUCCAGAUGUGAUUAUUGCUACACCCGGUCGAUUACUCCAUUUGGCGGUGGAAAUGAAUUUGGAUUUAAAAUCAGUUCAAUAUAUCGUCUUUGAUGAAGCAGAUCGACUAUUUGAAAUGGGAUUCGAAACUCAAUUACACGAAACUCUAUCUCGAUUACCACACAGUAGACAAACAUUACUUUUCUCAGCUACUCUACCUAAAACUUUGGUCGAAUUCGCUAAAGCUGGUUUACAAAAUCCCAAAUUAGUUCGUUUAGAUAGUGAAUCUAAAAUCAGUUCUGAUUUACAAAUGGGUUUCUUGAGUAUCAAACCUAAUGAGAAAGAUGCAGGUUUAUUAGUCAUUCUUGCUGACGUGAUUGGUGUACCUAAAUCAGAUGGUACAGAGAUUGAAGUUGAAGAUUAUGAGGAUCAUGAUACUCCUUAUAACCGUCGGCAACAAUUACAAGCCAAGCGAUUUGACAAGAAAUCAUCCAAAGGAAAAUUCAAUCCGAAUCCAGAAUUAGCACCUCAUCAAACGAUUGUCUUUGCAGCUACUAAGCACCAUGUCGAAUAUCUCACCGGAUUAUUGGUUUCAGCUGGUUAUAGAGUCUCACAUAUCUAUGGUGCACUCGAUCAAGCUGCUCGUCGGAAUCAGUUGAACGCUUUCCGUGCCGGUCGAACUAAUAUCUUGGUGGUCACUGAUCUCGCCGCACGUGGUAUUGAUAUUCCUAUUCUCGAAAACGUCAUCAAUUACGAUUUCCCUAGUUCGGCUCGUGCAUUUGUUCAUCGAGUUGGAAGAACUGCAAGAGCAGGUCGAAAGGGAUGGGCUUACUCCUUAGUCACACAAACUGAAUUACCAUAUUUAAUGGACUUGCAACUCUUUUUAUCAAGACCACUUCUGACUUGUCCACUUCACCCUGAGGUCUCCCAAAAUCCUGAUUUCUCAGCCAAUUUGGUCUUAGGCACUUUACCAAGGGAAAGAUUAGAUUCGGAAGCAGAAUAUGUACGAGAGACACUUGUAGGACCUAAUUCAUCACUCGUAGCACUUACUGAAGUAGUCAGACGAGCUCAAAAGAUGUAUAUCAGAAGUCAAAGUACCGCAAGUGCAGAAAGUUAUCGUCGAUCAAAAGCUCUCGUUUUGGCAGGCGAGGGAUUAACCGGCACGAGCAAGGAGGAAGCCGCGACUCAUCCAAUCUUCGGUGCUCCUUCGCCUGAGACUGUGGCUGCACUCACUUCCAAACGAAAGGGACCGUCAAGAGACGAACUAUUAGCCAAAGUCAACAAAUUCACUCCGACUGAGACUGUGUUUGAGAUUGGAACACGUGGAAAGAGUCCAGCAGCUCAACUGAUGCGAGAUAGAAGGAAAUCGAUGGGCAAAGUGAUUUCAAAACGAGCAGCUGUGACAAAAGAACAAGAAGAUGAACAGACUUCGACCAAGGAAUCUUAUGCUCUUAUUGAAGCUCAAAAAUCAAGUUUGAAAUCAUCUAAAACUAAACCCUCUGAAGUAGCAACAGAGGUUGAAUUAGAGGAUGCAUUUGAGAUGCCUCGGAAGCGCAAGAAAUCAGGACCCACAAGUUAUAAAGAUCCUGAAGUUUAUCUUACUUAUGAACAAGAUGGAGCAGCAGCCGAAAAAGGUUAUAAUCUUAAUGAAGGCACAGCUCCAUCUUUUGUUGCUCAAGCCAAUGCAUAUGGUUUUGAUUUAGGAGCUGAUGAUGAAGGAAGAUUUUCGACUACAACCGUUCAAAAAGCAUCACAAGUCAGAUGGGAUAGACGAACCAAAAAGUUUGUUAAAUCUAAUCAAGGAGGAACUGAUAAUGUGAAAUUAGUAAAGACUGAAAGUGGAGCGAAAUUACCAGCUAGUUUUAAGAGUGGAGUUUUUGAUGAUUGGCAAAAGAAAGAAAAAGUUAGGAUUCCAAAUGUAGGAGAAACUGAAAUGAAAGGACGAAACCAAAUGGAUUAUCGACCUACUCAUACGGUUACUCGAGGAGGGAUUGGAGGAGGAGCACAUUUGAAAGGCAAAAAAGGUAAAGGUAGACCAGGUCAAUCGAUUAGGAAUGCAGGAUUGAAGAAUGUAGAACAGAUUCGAAAAGAAAGGGAUAUGAAAGAUCGUAGAAAACAAAGAAGUAAUCAACCUUCUCGAAAGAAAAGAUGA